GAGCCGUUCAAGUUGUACGAAUGGGAUUCUAGAUUCUUUUCAGUGUUUGUCGUAAAUGAGUGACGCAUUUUGACAUUUUCGACGUGGAACAACACCACUGGAGCCAUAACGCCUCGUCAAAUGCAGUGUACCUUUACAUCACUUCACCGUUAUCUGCUAGUAAAAUUAGAACGGCCACCAUCUGGGUCGCUCGGGGUCAGUGGUUUUUCCGCCCCGUCCGUCGCCCGCCACCUUACGACCCGUGUCUCCUUUCACUGCAGCUGGCUGUGACUUUUACCAUCGCUGAGGUGUUUCGAGGGAAUGUCCCACGUCUUGGUUUUUUUGGAAGAACAUUCUGUUUUAUUGCGCUGGUCACGCCAUUUCCAUACCCCCUCUUUUUGGCAGGCCGCCUACUGGAGUCAAAACAAAGCAGCAGGAGAGCCCAAAGAGCCAUCAGAUAGAGAGGAGCAGCACACACAACACAACACAACCAGUGGCCUUCAUUCAGCGCUUGUCAUAUUCAGUUUGUCUUCUCUGGUAGAGACUGAGCCAAACUCAGUCCGAGUUGAGAUGAAGAGGAGCGCAAGUGACAACCGGCACAGCUCUACGGAUCCUCACAACUCUCCGGAGUCCACCGACCUCCGCAAUGACCACCGAGUUCCCAGGAGUCCAGCCGGCGAGAGCGGCGACCGCCAUGAAGACCAAGGUCACCUGCUCUACCACGUCGGCCUCGUGAUUAAGGAACGCUAUGAGGUGGUGUCCACGCUGGGAGAGGGAGCCUUCGCAAAAGUGGCCGAGUGUAUCGACCGAGACACAGACACUCGCGUGGCAGUCAAGAUCGUGCGCAACAUCCAAAGUUUCCAGCGGGCAGCCAAAAGCGAGAUCGCCGUCCUGGAGGAGAUCGACACCUUGGACGACGACAACAGAUUCGCUUGUGUGCGGAUGUUGGACUGGUUUGAGCACCAAGGCCACGUGUGUCUGGUCUUCGAGCUCCUGGGACGCAGUACCUACGAGGUCCUCCGGCAAAACCGGUUCCUGCCGUUCAGCGUGGAGCAGAUCCGACACAUGGCCUUUCAGAUCUUCCAAGCCGUCAGCUUCCUGCAUCGCAAUAAGCUGACCCACACUGAUCUGAAACCGGAAAACAUCUUGUUUGUCUGCUCUGACUACGACAACGAGCGGAUGAAACUUGACAAGAGGAAGACGAGGAGUCCGGAUGUAAAGGUGGUGGACUUUGGCAGCGCCGUUUUCGACCACCAGCAUCACCAAACCUUAGUGUCCACGCGCCACUAUCGAGCUCCGGAAAUCAUACUCGAGUUAGGCUGGAAUCAAUCUUGUGACGUUUGGAGUUUGGCCUGCGUUCUCAUGGAGUACUACUUGGGACACACUCUAUUCCCGACACAUGACAGCAGGGAGCAUCUGGCCAUGAUGGAGAAAAUUCUGGGACCCAUCCCGCCGCACAUGCUGAAACAAACCAGAAAGCGACACUACAUCCUCAAUGAGCGACUGGACUGGGACGAAUGCAGCUCCUCGGGCCGAUACGUCCGAAAACACUGCAGGCCUCUCAAGAGCCUGCCGAGGCGCAGCGAGGAUGAGCGCCAGCUGUUGGACCUUCUGGCCCGCAUGCUGGAGUUGGACGUGAGUCGGCGCAUCACCCUGGAGGAGGCGCUGUGGCACCCGUUUUUCCAAGCGGCCAGACUGGAGAAACAAAGGCCAAGCUAACCCUACACUACACUACACUACAGUACAGUACAGCACAGUACAGUACAGUUAAUGCUUACUAUUUGGUUAAGGGACCCAGACCAGAUGCAAAUACAGUAGCAACGUCAAAUUGUCCAAAAGAGACAAUUGGAUGCUGAAGACGUCUGGUCACCAUCAUAACAAAAUAAAUAUGUUGUGGAUACAGUGCUUUAUGUUAUGUCUGACAUAAAAUAGGUCGCUUUGCAAAUGUCAUUUUGCAAACUCAAUGAUGGAAUGGAAAUACAUUCCGCUUUGCAAGUUCAGACGUCUUAAGACCUGCCUUGGCUGAUUAGAUGACCAACUUUUCACCUACUCAGCUGGGUCCGAGGUUUCCAUGAUUGUCAUUAUUCAGAAAGAAAAAAAAACGUUAGCAGAGGCUAUUCACGUCGAGUAAAGAUUGGGGAAAAAACGAGUCAAGUGACUUUUGACUGCCUCGUUGGUGGUGGUGUCAUUUCGUUUAUCAGCUUUACAUGACUUGGACUAAAGGCUUCACAGCAACCCGAGAGCUUUUUAGCGACCUGCCACCCCGACCUCCCCUUUGCCCAAAACACAUAAAUAGCCCCCCGCCCGCCACAUCUGACACAAUGCAUCAAUGCUAUCCAAGCGCCACUGGACCUUUCAGGACCUUUUGGAAAGCGCCACCUCAGCACUUCUUGUGGCUGGCGGGCCACGGGCACAAGGUUAGGGUUCCGCUUUGGGUUCUGUUUACACCUCCAGACAACACCUUUUUUUCCCGACAUCCCUUUUGUAACCAAGCAGGAGCUUUUCUUGAGGAGGAAUUGGUAAGCAGAGGGUGUUGCAGUGCUGUGUGUGUGUGUGU